UGAAUCACUACCAAUCAAUGGUGAAGCCCUCAUGGUCUUGGGUUGGGUGGCAACCUUCAAAACCACUCAAAUAAAUCGAAAUAACUGUGUGUGUGUGUGUGUUUCGAUGACCCAAACAGACAAAAUUAGUCAAAAAUAAAAAAACAAAACUCUCUGAAAAAACUCCUCUUCACAUGAAAAGCUGAAAUGGCUUUUCUUCUUCCCAAUCUCUCUCCUUCUCUGCUUCUUCAAUCGAAAUCCAAGGAGAAAUCCGUACACCAAACACUCCUCCACACAAAACCCAACAACCCUCCUUCUCUUCCCUCUUCCCUCCCAACCCUCCAGACCCCUUUAGCCGACAAGAGUGCGCAGCUUAACACCCCAAGAGGUGCACACGAUAAGCAGCCCAAAGAUGACUUCUUUGUCAACCUCGGCCUUGCUGUUCGUACUCUCCGUGAAGACCUUCCUCUAAUCUUCACCAAAGACCUCAAUUAUGACAUUUACAGGGAUGAUAUAACGUUUAAAGACCCUUUAAACACAUUCAGUGGUAUAGAAAACUACAAAUUGAUAUUCUGGGCACUAAGAUUCCAUGGCAGAAUUUUGUUCAGAGAGAUUUAUCUUGAGGUUUUCAGGAUAUGGCAACCCUCAGAGAAUGUGAUUUUAAUCAGAUGGAACUUGAAAGGUGUGCCUAGAGUUCCAUGGGAAGCCAAAGGCCAAUUUCAAGGCACUUCAAGAUACAAAUUGGAUAGAAAUGGCAAAAUAUAUGAACACAAAGUAGACAACUUGGCAUUCAAUUUCCCACAGCCACUCAAACCAGCAGCAUCUGUGUUGGAUUUGGUCGGCGCCUGUCCGGCGAGUCCUAACCCGACGUUCUUGUGGGCCGCCCCGGUCGAAAUGCACUCAUCUUCAUGGCUGGAAUUCUAUAGGGAAGUUAGGAAGACAUUGGAUCAACAAGGUUCUAACUUGCUUUCACAAGAUGGUUUGGUCACUUGUUCAUAACUAGUAUUAUGUUAUUCUCUAUACAUUAAUGUAUACAAUCAAAUUUUUACUACACUAAUAUAUAUAUUAAAAGAAAUAUUUAUUGUAUUAGUGGAUUACUUUGUGUAGAUUAGCAAAUAAUGGUUUUUGUUGAAAGACAAGGAUUGUAUAUACAAAGCUAAAUUAACUAAUUUGUAUUGGUGGAGGCUUUGGCAUCUUUUAUGAGCUUUUUUUAUACAACUCUAUGUACCAAAUCUUAUUUCUUUCUUAAUUUUAAAUCAGAGUAUAGUUUACUACUA